CCUCCCUGGCCUCUAUAUAAAGUGAAGGCAGGUCUGUGUGUCAGCAGUAAACAAAGUGUGAGAGGAUCAUCAUGGCUACAGAGGUGUUAAUGCAGACCCUGCCACUGAAAGGAGGCCACCUUCCUGCAGUAAGAGCAGGAAGAAUGAGGGUCGCCAAAAAACAAGGCAAUGAAGACAGUGGGCCACCAGAGAAAAAGAAAUCUACAGACAAACCAAGUGCUGUGGUGAAUUUAACGAAGAUGCAGGCUAUGAAUAUUCUGACUGGGGCUCUGGAGAAGCUGGGUCAUAACUUUCCAGAAGCGGCACAGAUUGCGCACCGGAAGCCUCGCCCCACUGUGGAGAAGGUCAUUUCUCCGAAGAGACGCUACAUCAUCCAGCAGCCAUGUCGCGUUUUUAGAGCAAAUGUAUGAUGUGGCUUGUUGCUGAUGCUCUACAGUAACCUUUUUGGAUAAAGGGGGGGGGGGGGGGGGGGGGUCAUUUUGUAUAUUUCCAAAAUAAAGGUAUGAUAUAGC